AUGCGGCCAUUACUAGCGAGGCCAGCUGCGGUUUCCCUUGUCUUGAGUACGGGAAAUUUUAGACCUUUAACACCGAUGCCGGGAAAACUAAACACGGACGCAAUGGACACUGUAACCACCAAGGAGAAGAAAGUUACUGAAACUCCUACACUCAAGAAACAAAAGAGAAAACUUCAGAAUGGGGAUACAGAAGGACUUGAUUUGGAACAUGUAACUGAUUUAAAUGGACUGGAAAAUGGCGAGAUUAACAACAAUAAGACACCGAAACAGAAGAAAAAGAAGAAGCUUGCAGAAAAAGAGAGUCCUUCUGAAACCGCUGAUCAAUGUAAUGGAGAGCAGAAUGAUAACAAUGCUCUUACUCCAAAGAAAGUUAAGAAGAAAACGCAAAAAAGGGCAAAGCUGAAGAUAUAACAGAGCAAGAAACAUCCUCCCCUAAACCUCAGGUUAAUGGAGGGCAGAGUGGCAAAAAAUCUAAACCCCAAAAAAAGAAACUGGCGAAUGCAGAAAACGAUAACACAGAUAAGCCUGCUGACUGCAACGAACCAUCAGACAAGAACCAUCAGCCGAAGAAGACCCAUCUGCAUCAAAUGCAACUUCAGGAAAUGAAGAACCUAAAUCAGAUGAUGAGGAAACUAAAAUGGAGAAACUGGCUAGAGCUUUUGAAAAUGUUCCCAUUUCCAAAGAAACCAUAACCAAUCUCAGAGCUAAAGGAGUCUCUUACCUAUUCCCCAUCCAAACCAAAACAUUCCACGCUGUAUACAGCGGCAAAGAUGUGGUGGUCCAGGCUUGCACUGGUACAGGGAAAACUUUUUUGGUUUAAAAAUAUCAGGAAGUAUUACUUUACUGAGAGGGUAGUGGAUGCAUGGAAUAGCCUUCCAGCUGAAGUGGUAGAGGUUAACACAGUAAAGGAGUUUAAGCAUGCGUGGGAUAGGCAUAAGGCUAUUCUAACUAUAAGAUAAGGCUAGGGACUAAUGAAAGUAUUUAGAAAAUUGGGCAGAC